CUGCUCCUGAAAAAUAUAUCUAGCAGCACACUGGCUGGUUGGUACAGACUCUGGAACAGUGAAAUUGGAGCAAGGUAGCAACAUCACCCGUGGAGGAAAAUACGGUUGUACAAGUGUGGAGGACUUAACUCAACCAAGCAGCGACCCAAAACAGUCUACAAUGUCAGAGCCGGACCCCAAAUCUGUUCAAGAUAUGACCGCUGUGGUCCAGACCCUACUUCAGCAAAUGCAGGACAAGUUUCAGACCAUGUCAGACCAGAUUAUCGGCAGGAUCGAUGAGAUGAGCACUCGCAUCGACGACCUGGAGAAGAAUAUCGCUGACCUCAUGACCCAGGCAGGGGUGGAGGAGGGCGAAGGGGGCGAGACCAAGCCCACGGAAGGUUCUGCUCAGGGGGCGGACUAAAGGUGAGAGAUCAAAGGAUACUGGUACUGCAUCAGUGAAGAAGUCUACAUCAUUGAGAUUUUUUAUUAUUAUUGUUCGAGGAUGUAUUUUUUAAUUUUUUUCCUUUUGUCAUCAUUGUGAUUUAAUAAUGAUUUACUGUGUAUACGUUGUUUUAUACAGUAUCAUGUUAUUCUAAGUAUAAAUAUUGUGGGAAAUUAUGGUUAAUUAUGAUUUAUUAUUUAUUUUUACCUUAAAAGGGUAGAGUAAGUCAUUACACACUAAUACUAGUGACAAGCCAAAUCAACGUGAUUAUCCCCAAGAGAUGCAAUUUAUUUUUUUUCCUAUGUCACUUAACACUUUCCUCCAGUUUGUGAGAUUUUCAGGUGUUUACAGUAUGUAUUUCAGUUUUUCUAGGCUUCACCUCUCAUAUGUACAGACACUCACCACUGGUUUAGAUGGUAUGUGUGAAACACAUCACAGUCAUCCCAAUACAUUAGAAGGGACGGAUGAGGACUGCAUAUUGCUGAAGCACUAAUGUGCUGUGACCAUUGUAACCAAGAAAGAAAGUUCACCAAACAAUGACUUUGAAAUUGGCCCCAAUUUAGGUUUUUGUCUGAAAACAAGAGAAAUAUGUCUCAUUUUGACCUUGUGUAAGCAUAUGACCCCAAGCAGUCCAUACAUUGUAUAUGGUCAUUGGUUCAAAAAUUAUGGUCUCAAUGGUCGUAGCACAACGCUUUUAGCAAACAGUCCAGUCCAGUCCAAAAUCAUGAUGAGCACAGGCAGGGGCUUAAGAGUACCGUGGGGGGGUUAAACUGCAGAUUUGGUGCUAUGCCCUUGUACACGGGGCACUUGAGGAAAAAACUGCACUGCAACCUGGAGUGGGCACCACUGUCGCAGUGAAGAUUAGAUGUUCAUUAAUUUUGAUUUAAUUAUAUUUCAUAGACAGGCUGCACCUUUCUGUAUAAUGUUGUGUUGUGUUUUUUUUUUUUUUUUGAGGGGGGGUGCUUAAACAUUCAUCAAAAAUAGACUAUAUGCUUCUUGACUCGUAACACAUUCGUCUUGAGCUCAGUUGGACACGGUAAGCUUCUGCUCAAAACUGUGUAUUCUAUGGCAUUGUACCAUGACUAAAAUAAACAAUUUGCUAUUUCA